AUGAGUUCCUCAACAGAACGCUACACUGCCCUCGUCGACUGGGUUCGUGAGGGUGGAGGUCGUUUGCAUGAUGGGGUUGAGAUUGCCCAAUUUCAUGGCAUGAGGGGUUCUUUUCGCGCCAGAGAGAAUGUCAAAAAAGGCGAUGUCAUCGUGGCUCUACCCCUCUCAAAGACAUUGUCAUAUCUCAAUGCCAUCAGCAACCACCCCGAAGUUCCCAACUUCUCUCAUGAGACCUUCACGCCGCCAUCCAACACGACCUUCUUCCCAGGAGAUUUCAUCAACUCGGUACCUCCACAUGUGAUUGGUCGCUUUGUCCUCAUGCAACAAUAUCUGUUGGGCAACAAGUCAGAAUGGUGGCCAUAUAUAGCUGCCCUUCCGCAGCCAGAGCACAUUGGAGGCAUGCUACCAGCUCUUUGGCCCGAGGACGAUGUCGACUUCCUUCAGGGCACCAAUGCCUAUGUCGCCGUUCAAGAGAUCAAGGCAACUCUCAAGAAGGAGUACAAGGACGCCAUGAAGUUGCUACCAGAGGCGCUUCGCUCUACGUACACAAAGCCGCUCUAUCUUUGGUCGUAUGCCAUCUUUACCAGCAGAAGUUUUCGCCCUUCAUUGGUCCUUCCAGAGACUGAAUCCAUGAAACUGCCAUGUGCCAUUGAUGAUUUUUCAGUCCUUCUUCCGCUUUAUGAUCUGGGAAACCACUCUCCAUUUGCCAGGUCGACCUGGAACGCCGACCACGAAUCUCAACAGGUCUCACUCGAAUGUGGCGAGGCAUACGAGGCUGGCCAACAGAUCUUCAAUAACUAUGGCAUGAAGACCAAUGCAGAGCUUCUGCUUGGAUACGGCUUCAUGCUGCCGGAAACCGACAACUUCCACAACGACUAUAUUCACAUCAAAACAAAAGCCACUAGCGACGACGAUUUUGCCGGAACACACAUCGUCUCACUACGACCGCUGAGCGAUCCCAGCUCAGUUGUCGGGCGUUCACGCCGCCUCACAUCUCCAGACGUCAAAGUUGUGCCUGAAUUUUCUCAUAUUCAGGAUUCCUUGGUAUCGAGUCUGUACGACGCUAUUACGGCCGCUUCAAGCGACGGUGAUGCAGACAGCUUAUCCAUGGACGAUAUCAUGGCUGGAAACUUGCCUAAAGCCAUCCACGAGAGGAUCGUUCAAGCACUUGGGUCGAAACUUACCUUUGACCUGGACACCUUGGAGGAAAUCGAGGUGCCGAGGGAGGAUCUCAACUCGAACCAGCAGAUUGCGGUUCAGUAUCGUGAUCAGUGCCAAUCUGUCUUUGAGAAUGCGCUUAGAAGUUUGACCCGUGCCAUGGCUACAGAGUGA